AUGGAGCAGCUGCUGAGCCAGCCGCUGCAGCAGCUGCUGCAGUCCCCGCUGCUGCAGGAGCAGCCUUCGGCCUCAGCAGUAAACCGGCAGCCGAAUGGCGACGAGCAGCAGCCGCAGGAGCAGCAGCAGCAGCGGCAGGAGUUGCUGCAGCAGCAGAAGGAGCUGCUGCAGCGUCAGAAGGCUCAAGCAGAACUAUCUUCUUUUCAAUACAGUUUGAUGGGGGCCCCCGCGGGUGCUCUACGCGAGGCUCGAAUGUGGGGUGCAGAGAAGCUGCCUGAUCUGCUGCCUCCAGACGUCAGCACUGCUGCUGCUGCUGCUGCUCUAUGCAGCAGCAGCAACAGCAACAGCAGCAGCAGCAACAGCGGCAACAGCAGAAGCCUCGAGUGUUUUCUUGAUGAUAUGACUGUGUCAGACUUCUUAGCUUCGCUGCAGCAGCGCGUAUUGUGGUGCAGUAAACUUGAGCGGCAACUGCAGCAGCUGCAGCAGCAGCAGCAGGAUCAAGAGGUUUUGCUGCGUGACGGUUUGCUGCUGCAUCUGUCUGUCUCUCUCUUCUCUCUUUUACCCUCUCGCUUUAGCCAUCAAGGAGCGCAGCAAAAUGCUCUUCACUUCCCAUCUUAUAGGGUGUCUCCUGCUGCUGCUGUUGCUGGGGGCCUGGCACCUCUUGCUGCUUACGGCGGCAGCAGCAGCAACGUUGCUGCUGCUGCUGCUGCGCACGCUCUGCAGCAGCAGCUGGCUGCUGCGGGGGACUCCUCUUCCGGCGCUGCAGGCAACAACAGCAACAGCAGCAACAACAGCAAGGAGGCCUCCUCCUCGAGUGCAGGCGUGAAGCAAGAAGCAGCAGACACAGCAGCAACAGCAGCAGGAGCAGCAGCAACGCGGCCUUGUCUCUAUGAAUUGUACAGACCUGCUGUCGUACCCUCUCUCGCUCGUUAUAAAGAGUUGGGGAUUGAAUCUGCUGUUGCAGAUGCACGUUUGCUGCUGCAGGAGACGCGCAGCGAGGGGGAUGAUCAGCAGCAGCAGCAGCAGCAGCAGCAACAGCAGCAGCUGGCAGAAGCAAGUCCUUUUCUUGCUGCUGUUUCUGAUUCAUGGUUAUCUACGGUGCUGCAGCACACAGAGCUGCUGCUGCGGCAGCUGCUGCCCUUGAGGGCUUGGCAGGGAAACGACAAAAGACGGAUGAGUACAGCACUGCCGCUUGCUGCGCGCAGUGUAUUGGCGCUGUGCAGUGUCUCCGUUGAGUUUGCUGUCUCCUCUCUGCGGCAGCAGCUAGCUAGCUGGCUAGCUAAGCAUCAGCUGCUGCAGGCAGCACUUGGAGCGACUGCAGCACUUGAGGGCUCAGUGCUGCAGGCUGUAUACAGUUUACCGCAGCAUGUUGUCUCAUGUUUGCUGCUGCGGGGGGGUAGCUUGGGGCCUAGAGGCAGCAGCAGCGGCAGCAGCAGCUGCGGCAGUGGCAGCAGCAGCAGCAACGCGCAGCAGCAGCAGCACAAGGACAAGGAAGCUGCCUGGGUUGCAGCGCUGCAGCAGCCACCCAAGAAGGCAGCAGAGUGGGGGGAGUAUGUUGCGGCUUUUAGCGACUUCAUAUCUGUAAAGCCGCAGCAAAGCCCUCCACGAGCAGCAGCAGCAGCAGCAGCAGCAACGGGAGCAGCAGCAGCAGAUGUUGCUGCCGCAGGCAAGCGCAAAAGGCCAGCCUUGGAAGACCUGCAGCAGCAGCUGCAGCAGACAGAUCGCAGCAAUGACACAGCAGCAGCAGCGGCAGCAGCUGCUGCCGCUGCUGCUGCAGCAGGGGGACUCUCUUCUGCUGGGCUGUUGCUGCAACACGCAGACAUCUGGAGCAGCAAAGGAGACAACAACAUCGAGGAGAAGGUGCUGCGUUCAAGCAGCAGAGACCUGCUGCAGCUGCUGCAGCGGCAGCAGAGCGGCGACGGCCUUGGAAGCAGCAGCAACAACGGAGGCAGCAGCAACAGCCCUUACGGUGAGCUGCGUCAGCAGCUGCUGCCCCAGCGAUCUCGUUCUAUUCAGUCUGUUUUAUCAUUUGCGGGGGACAGCAGCAGCAGCAGCAGCAGCACAAGCCGACAGAACAGCCUUGAAGUGCUGCUGCUGCAGCUGCGGCAGCAAUCAGCAGAAGCAACACCAGGGGCUGGCAUUGAUGCUCUGUCUGCUGCUCUCUCCUCGAGAGUAGCAGCAGCAGAAGAUAGAGACACAGAGACAGGAGACAUGUGGGUGCAGCAGCUGCAGCAAGAAGCAGCAGGUUCUCCUCCAGCCUUCUUGAGGCGUACGCCUAGUGAUGAUAUGUCUUCAGAGGCUGUGCUGCAGCAGCUGCAGCGGCAGCUUACAGACCAGCAGCAGCAGCAACAGCAGCAGCAGCAGCAGCAGCAAACCCACGAUGAAGAGCUGCAUCAGCAGCAACUACGCCUCUUAGAAAAGGCAGGGCUCAGCACAGACUGCAGCAGCAGCAGCGGUGUGUCUCCUGUAUUUGGGGGUUUGCUGGGGGAAGAUACGGCUAAGCAGCAGCAGCAGCAGCAGCAGGAGCUGCAACACGAGCAGCAGCAGGAGCUACAGCAGCAGCUGCAGCAGCAACUGCAGCAGCAGCUGCAACAGCAGCACGAGCUGCAGCAGCAGUUGUUGCUAGCCAACCAAACAGGCGGCGCUGCUGCAGGCUGUAGAGAUGAGGGGUUUCAGCCUCCUGCUGCAGCAGCAGCAGCAGCUGCUGCUGCUGCUCUAUCUGGACAGCCCCUCACGAGCCUUCUGGAGCUGCGUCCUAGCAACAACAGUAGGCAGCUGUCUCCGCAGCCGCAGCAGCAGACGUCUGUGCAACAGCUGCAACAGCAGCAGUUGCUGCAACAGCAGCAGCAGCUGCUGCAGCCGCAGCAGCGAAUAACGCUGCCGCAGUGCAGCAGCCGAUCGGGGCUUUCAGGCGUCAGCAGCGCGGGCUCAGCAGCAGGAGCAGCUGCAGCAGGAGCAGCAGCAGCAGCAGCAGCAGGAGCAGCAGCAGGAGGGGGAUCUGGUAGUCCGUACUGCAGGAGCAGCAGCAACGUGAGCGUCGGGUUGGGGUGUAUAUCUCCAACAGCUUCUGACGUGUCUCUUCGCAGCAACGGCGGUGCUGGGAGCAGCAGCAGCAGCAGCAGCAGCAGCAGCAGCAGCAGAAGCAGCACCGGAAACGGAGGCGUUGGCUGUGGUGGCGGUUCUUCUAGCGGUGGAGGCUGCGGAGGCAGUUUUGCUUCUUCUGCUGCAGCAACAGCAGCAGCAGCAGCAGUUGCUUAUCUCCCUCUUAUCGAUGAUAUCCUUGUACAAGUUGAAGAGAAGCAGCUUCCGCUUCCUGCUAAAGUACCGGGGCUAAUCCGCCAGGUUAGCAUUUUAACUUUUUGUAGCUGUAAUGAAGCAGCAGCAGCAGCAGCUGCUGCUGCUAAUGCGUUGCUGCAGCCUGCGGCUGGGGUCUUAAUAGGGGGCCCUUGCCUGCCUGGUGGCAACGCGGGAGCUGCUGCAGCAGCAGCAGCAGCAGAAGCAGAAGCAGAAAACGUGUUCAUCCGUUUAAGCAGAGGGACGGAGACGUUGGGGCUUGGUGUAUGA